AUGGAUGAUUACGCGAGACAUAACAGGCCAGGCUGGCAGACAUAUGAGCUUGAUGAGGAAUGGCCGGAUGAAGAAGAGGAGGAGGACGUUGACAGCCAGCAAGCCGGCAACCACACUGGAGGCAGCUCUAUCGAGCUUACCGCGCCUAUCGGCUCUGUCCGAAUACACGAAACCAACUCCUUGCGACGCUCUACGAGCUCCGCCCGUUCGCAUUCGCCCGAAGCAGCUGGCACCUUUCUUGUUCGGGAGGACGCGCCCGGGCCGCUGUUGCCGAACCUGGGCGUACCGACGCCCGGCGCGAAGAAGCAGGGCGGCAUGAAGAAUAUAUUCAGCCCGCUGGCUUUGGAGACUAUGUUUGAGCCCCCCUCGCCACCUAAAGCCGGCCCGUCUUCGCAAACCCUACAUCCAUCCGCGCCACCCGUCCCAUCUCGCUUGUCUCAGGUGCACGCCGCAUCGUCAUUCGAACACGACGGCGACACUGAAUCUACGAAACACUCUAAUGCCCAACCUGACGAAAUACUCGAGACCGAUCUACCUAAUGUUGGCGGCUUCCGUGGCCUACGCCCGCGAAUGGACUGUCAGUUCACCUUCACUGUGCCGCAUGGAGAGGGUGGCGCAGAGUCUUCGUCGCAACCACAAGCUCAGAGCACGCCCGUGGCCUCACAGCCUAAACCUCAAUUCCUCACACCCGCUACCGACCCUCGUUUACGACUAUUCCAAUUCCAAUACGACACCUAUACGCGCGAUCAUCUCUCAGCCAUGGUGGACUCUAUCGCGGUCAACUCUCCGUCUCUGAGUAACACUGGCAACCUCACCACGCAUCACUCAUCACCUUUUGGGUUGUCGCGAAUGGCGGAGACAACGACGUCCAGUGCAGACAUUCGUAGUGCUAAGCGAGUCAAGCUCAGCCCUCAAUCUGACUUCGAAGCUGGAGAUGGCGACGGCGAGAACGCUGUCAUCCAGAGACCUUCUCUGCCUCGAGACUACGUCGGAGAAUCUCGCUCGCUCAUGGCUCAGAUCAAGCAAGCUCGAGACUUUUCCACAAUCUCGACAGUUGCUUCUCGUUCGGGUGUCACGCACCAGCCGGAUACACCAGAAGCGCCUGCUCACACUCGCUCUGGUCACCUCGGAGUACCGGAUGCUCACGAUGCUGUCUCCUCAUCUGGCGGUUCAUUGAACUCGUCCAAGGGCAAUACGUAUUCCUCGCUGGGCUAUCGCGAAAAGGGUGCAGCCCUGAUGGCACAGAUCAAGCAGGAUAUGAAGGGUUCGAAGCGGCUGUUCUCCGCCGACACCGACAUCACUCAGCUGAGUGCCGAGCAUGAGGGCCCGUCUCUGCGGCGCUCUGUUGCAGAGAGCUCUCGUGCGCCUCACCAACGGCGCGUCUCACAAUCCGCGCGACGCGGGGUACCAGCGUCUCCCGCAAGAUCGCGAGCGCCUGUAUCACCCGGACGCCCUCGACAAGCCGCUUCAAGACCACUGCCGCCACAGGAACAAGCCGAUAGCUCGAUGGAUACCUCGAAGUUUUAUGCCCAAUUUCCCGCGCCGCCGGUCAUCGUUGCACCCGCCUUCUCGCCACUGCGCACAUCCACAGCCUCACAACGAUCACAUGCUCGCACCCAUUCGCGCUCAAACUCGCAUGCAAGCUCGGGCGGUGCGGGAGGCGCAUUUGGUGGUGGCGCGCCAGCAUAUCCAUCCGCAUCACUGCGCGCCCGUACGCAGGAGGAUCUCAAUCGGCUUGUGUCAGGCUCAUCGGCCGCAAAUACAGUCGUGACCGCGGGCAGUGCGGAGUCCUUCGUGAAGCAUGCUGGACCUGCGCAGAUCACGCGCAUCGCACCUGAGGACAUCCCUGCACUACCCGAACGAGUAGGCGGAAUGGUGUACGACAAGACGCAGAUGCGUUGGGUCAAGGUACCCGGGCGAGUGCAUGGGCGCCAGGUCUCUGCGAGCGAGGCCGGUUAUGCGGCUAGUGCAGAGGACGGGAGUGAAGACCCCUUUCGCGAUAUCGAGAGUUUGCGCGAGGACGAUUCAAUCAUCGACGGUAGCGCGGGUGGUAGCGUCAUUGUGCAUAGUGACAACGAACACCCUGUGUACCCUCCGCAGAUCAACUACGCCCCCGUGGAGAUGAGUCGCAUCGAAGAGGCUGCAGACGAUGAAGAGGCGGAGUUAACGUCUUUCUCGUUCGAUGGUCCACCGCCGGAUGCGAUGCCUUCCCUUCAGCAUCAGACCAUAUACUUCGACGACUCAGACUCUGACGAUGACCUUGUACACGGCAUGGGAGAGCUCGCCAUCGGCGAAGCAUCCAUGUUCAUCGCAGCCAACGACCAGACGUUCGACGAUGACGAACCAGACGGUUACAUUGAGGUUGUCCAACCAGAGGAAAUCGCCGAGCCAUCUCCGCCACCCGUUCCUUCCCCAGAGCUGGCCCCGUACUUUGCCGAGGCCGCACAGCCGGUACCAUUCAGUACACCGCUCCCUUCACGAACUGCGUCUAGUGCACCAACACCGAUCCGCUCUGCGCUGAAGAACACGUCUACGGCAUCCGCCGUCCCCUUCGCGAGCCUGCGCGGGAGUUCUGUCGCCACUCGCACACCGGCGAACAACUACCGUCAUCGACGCUCCGUCAGCUUCUCGGACGGGAAGCACGACGGUCCGAUUCGCGGACUCGGGCGUGGGGAGGAUGGUGGAGCAGAGACGAGUGCUAGCGCAGAGACGGGUGCGGAGACGACGGGAACGGAGCUCGAGACGCCAGCCGGCGCGGGCGCUAUGAGCUUCGUCCCUUCUGCGCGGUCCAAGCGUCUGGAGAAUAUGCUUGCGGGGCUAGUCGAUUCUUCAAGCGAGGGCCCAACCUCUCCGACCCGUCCGGCCGGUACGGGCCGGCCGCCACCCGAAGAGUUGCAGCGUAUGGCAGAAUGGAGGCCAUCGAGCAACACAAGCGGUAGCAGCGGAUUGUCCGCACCGUCGCGCCGCCAGGUUACGCGGGCGAACACAUUCGCGAGCGGCACCAAUGCCAACGCAACCUUCUUGACCGAGGCUUCUUUUGGUGUGGCGCACGACCGGCUCGUGACCGUGAUCACGGAUGUGCAACCGUUCGAGCCCUACUGGGAGGAUUUGGGCAACAUCGACCUCUCGGACAAGCGUCUCGACAGUGUCGCACGCCUCAAGGAGUUUCUACCGCAACUACGGACGCUCUCCAUGGCUCGUGCUGACGACGGCGAUUUCCGAAGCAACCAGAACCAGUUGGCGUGGCUUAGUGGGCUGCCGGCAUCCCUGCGGACGCUGUCUGUGGCGCACAACGCUCUGACGCGGAUGACUUCGUUCAAGCACUUGCAUGGGCUCGAAAGCCUUGAUGUGAGCCACAACGACAUUGAGAGCCUCGCGCAGCUCGAGUGUCUUCGCCAUCUGCGCGAACUCCGAGCGGACGGGAACCGCAUAUCCUCUCUCGACGGACUCGCCAAUUUGGAUAGUUUGGCGAAGCUUAGCCUUCAGGACAACGCGCUGGUUUCCGUAGACUUGGGCUCCUGCUCCUGGGGCAAGCUUGAGAUGCUGAACCUGAGUCACAAUCGGAUUGAAGAUGUACGAGGUCUGGCGACGCUCAAGGCGCUGAUAGUCCUCAAUCUCGACCAGAACAACCUAUCCGAGCUCGCGGUCGGCGGCGCGUUAGCCCGUCUUCGCGUGCUGCGCGUGAGCGGGAACCGGCUACAACGGUUGAGCGCGCGCGCCUUCCCGCAUGUCCGCACGCUCUACGCGGACAACAAUGCACUGCCCGAGCUGGCCGAUGCGCGUCGACUAGCAAGACUGGAGAACCUGAGCCUGCGGAAUCAGAGCGGCAAAGGCCUGUGCGUACUUCCCUUCUGUGUGCUUCGCCACUCUCUUUGCCUUUCCUCCGGCCCUUGCCUUCUCGGGCGGACGCGAUUUCUCGCGUUCCCGAACGGGCUCGAGGUUCCCCUGGCCAGUCUCUUUCGAGCAUACGCUCCUUUCCUUAAACCGUUUACGCUUUUCCGAGCCUGCGCCGAGGCACGUCCGCACGCGCCGUGCAUGCGCGCAAUGAACCUGGCCGCUCGCGAUGUCCGCGAUGUAAAGCGACUUUACCUCUCAGGAAACGCACUCCCGGCUACCUUCCUCUCCGAGCCGUGCUACAACCUCGUCUACCUCGAGCUCGCCGCGUGUCGGCUCACGUCCCUACCAUCUGGACUGCCCACACUCGUGCCGAACCUGCGCGCUCUGAACCUGAACUACAACUUCUUGGACGAUGCGGCGCUGAGGGCGCUUGAGGGCCUGAGUCGCCUGACGAAGCUCACCGUCAUAGGUAGCCGGCUGCAGGGCACGAAGGCGCUCGUUCGCGUGCUGCGAGGUUGCCCGGACGCCGAGGUCGUCGAUCUGCGGAUGAAUCCCGCGACGCUCGGAUGGUACCUGCCGCUGUUGGUGCACGACGCGCCCGGCGCGCUCGCCCCCGAGCGGGGCGGGGAUGGUGCGCGUUGGGCUGAGCUCGAUGCCAAAUUCAGGCGCGAUCUGCCCGACUCGGCGUAUGCUGCACGGCUGGCGUACCGAGGGUUGGCUAUGCGUGCAUGCCCGCGCCUGCGGGUGCUCGACGGCGUACCGGUGAGCGCGAAGGAGCGCGACAAGGCGGAGCGGCUGUUGGCGGGCGUGCUCGGGCGUUCGAAAUAG